GUUGGGCUUAAGUGACAGAAGGGUGACAAAGCACUCCGUCAACUUGCAGGUGUGAAGGGAGACGCUGCUGCUGACCGCACGGUGACAGCUGGUCAGGGGUUAAGAGACUGCAGCAUCUUGCCUCCAGCAGGGAUGAAAUUCUUUCACUUCCCUUAGUUCCAGGUCUGAACUUGGACUGGUUGGAGCUUUCUGGGGACCAUGAAUUCCUCUUGUCUACCAGUCACGAACAUUCUAGUGAGAAUCCUGCUGUCUGUCCAGAAACCACAUCUUGACUGGAGGGGCAGUGGUUUGGGAGGCUGUCCUUGAAGUGUGGAGAGGAGGCUCAGGUUGAGGAACGCCAGGGUGGCCACCAAGCUUCAUGUGGGGGUGGACGGUGACAGGCUGCAUGGGCGGGGAAUGAAGGGCCACCCGAGGGAACCCUGUGCUCUGAGACUCUUACUCAACGUGUCAGUCUGACACCUCCAGGCACAUCCUGUUCCCAUCUAACCCUUGCGCAAGGUCCGGGCCCAGCGGGAGGAGGCCGGAGGCUCCCCCACGGACGCGGACCCAGCCUCCAGGCCUCGGCUCCGCUCGGAAUGACCCCAUCACCUCGCUGGGUGACGAGGAGGACUUUUUCCCUUGCAAAGGCCACCACCCCACGCGUGUGGCGCAGCACUACGCCCGCUCGGGUGGCUGCGUGACGCGGGCAAGCCACUUCGCCUCUGGAGGUCUCAGUGUUCUUGCCUGUGAAGUGGGGUUGCCAACAGCCUUUGCUUCUUGGGGUCGUCAGGGGCCCCGGCAAGCCCCGAGGGCGCCCAGGCCGCUCGUGCACUCCCCGCGGGAGGCUGGCGUUUGGGGGCGUCGCCGCCCCGCCCCUCCCCGGCCCGUCCCCGCCCCCGGCCCGCUUCCUCCUCCCGCGCGGCAGCCCCCUGCCUUCGCGCCAUGUCCGCCGGCUGGUUCCGGCGCCGCUUCCUGCCCGGGGGUCCGCUGCCCGCGCCGCGGCCGCCCAGGCCGCGCUCCAGCCCUGUGCCCUACCGGCGGCCCCGCUUCCUGCGCGGCUCCGGCUCGGGCCCCGGCACCGCCGACGCUCCACGCCGCCCCGACGUCCGGCCCGUGCGCAGUCCAGCGCGGGGCCGCGCACUGCCCUGGAACGCAGGCUACGCCGAGAUCAUCAAUGCGGAGAAAUCUGAGUUCAAUGAGGAUCAGGCAGCCUGUGGGCAGCUGUGCAUCCGGAGAUGUGAGUUUGGGGCUGAAGAGGACCAGGAGUGGCAGACCUUGUGCCCAGAGGAGUUCCUGACAGGUCAUUACUGGGCACUGUUUGAUGGGCAUGGUGGGCCAGCUGCAGCCAUCCUGGCUGCCAACACCCUGCACUCCUGCCUCCGCCGGCAGCUGGAGGCCGUGGUAGAGGGCAUGGUGGCCACUCAGCCCCCCAUGCACCUCAGCGGCCGCAGCAUCUGUCCCAGUGAUCCCCAGUUUGUGGAAGAGAAAGGCAUUAGGGCGGAAGAUUUGGUGAUCGGGGCUCUGGAGAGUGCCUUCCAGGAAUGUGAUGAGGUGAUCGGGCGGGAGCUGGAGGCCUCAGGCCAGGUGGGCGGCUGCACAGCCCUGGUGGCUGUGUCCCUGCAGGGAAAGCUGUAUGUGGCCAAUGCCGGGGAUAGCAGGGCCAUAUUGGUACGGAAAGAUGAGGUUCGGCCCCUGAGCUCUGAGUUCACCCCGGAGACUGAGCGGCAGCGGAUUCAGCAGCUGGCCUUUGUCUACCCUGAGCUUCUGGCUGGUGAGUUCACCCGACUGGAGUUCCCUCGGCGACUGAAGGGGGAUGACUUAGGGCAGAAGGUUUUGUUCCGGGAUCACCACAUGAGAGGCUGGAGCUACAAGUGUGUGGAGAAGUCGGAUCUCAAGUACCCACUGAUCCAUGGGCAGGGUAGACAGGCUCGGUUACUGGGAACACUGGCCGUCUCCCGGGGCCUGGGAGACCAUCAGCUCAGAGUCCUGGACACAAACAUUCAGCUCAAGCCCUUCUUGCUCGCUGUCCCACAGGUGACUGUCCUGGAUGUGGACCAGCUGGAGCUGCAGGAGGAGGAUGUGGUUGUCAUGGCAACUGAUGGGCUCUGGGAUGUCCUAUCCAAUGAGCAGGUGGCACGGCUAGUGCGGAGCUUCCUCCCUGGCAACCGAGAGGACUCACACAGGUUCUCGGAGCUGGCCCAAAUGCUGAUACAUAGCACACAGGGAAAGGACGACGGUCUCACAGAGGAAGGGCAGGUGUCCUACGAUGACAUCUCUGUGUUCGUGAUUCCCUUGCACAGCCAGGGCCAAAGGAGCAGUGGCCACUGAGGAUUCAGACGCCACAUCCCAGAACCACUCCAGGGCCGGGUGUAGCCUGGGCAUCCCUCCACCAUGGUCCACAGCAGGCCUACCUGCCCUGCCGCCAGACACAAUGGGUUGACACCCCCCAACCCCACCCAUUUCAUGGGGAGCAUUUAUACCAGGCAAUCAAAGCUGGAAGAGUACGGAGAGCCCAGCUCCUCAGGUCCCCUCUUUGGCAGGCAGGAAAAGAGCACAGUAUCAAUGGUAACAUCCCUUUACAACGUAGGAAACCCACGUGAGGCUCCUCUGACAGGGUCCUUAGCAGCCUAGUGUUAUUCUCAGAUGGGGACAGCUGGACUAAGGGCAUUGGCUAAGAAUGCCAGGAGGGGCAGAAAAGCCUGUUUGGAUUCAGGUCUCCUAAACCAUAAAUGUCAGGGUAUCUACUCAGUAACCACCAAAGCCCAUGCAUGGUGCCUUAUGGAAAGCUGUGGGCAGCUUCCUAUCUGCUGAACCGAUAUCAGCCCCUGGGGAGACCAGCUCAGGUCCUGCCCUGUUUCCCUCUGCCACUGGAGGUGAGGCACAGGCCCUGGGACUAAAGUUGGGGCAGAACAGAAAGAAGCAAGAGGAUCCCAGAGUUUGCUGAGCAGGGGAUGUCCUCUGACCACUCUUCUCUGGCCCUAGCCCUGCCCUCAGCUGAUGCCCCAACGCCUUUGGUUUUGUUGCCCCCGCCCCCCCAUCACCUCCCUAUUGUUAAAUGUUUGUGUGGAAGAGCCGUUGUGAAUCAUGAAUUGCUGUAAA